AUGUCGUCGUCCGUAGGCGACAUGAAGAAGAAAAUGGCGUGCGUGACCGGAGGGAACGGGUACAUGGGCUCCGCGCUCAUCAAGAUGCUGCUGGAGGAGGGCUAUGCCGUGAAGACGACGGUCAGGAACCCCGAUGACAUGGAGAAGAACUCCCACCUCAAGGGCUUGCAGGAGCUUGGACCGCUGACGGUCCUCCGCGCCGACAUGGACGAAGAAGGCAGCUUAGACGAUGCCGUCGCCGGCUGUGAUUACGUCUUCCUCGUCACCGCCCCGGUGAACCUCUGGGCACAGGAUCCAGAGAAAGAGCAGAUCGAGCCGUCUAUCCGAGGAACGCUGAACGCGAUGAGGUCGUGCGUGAAGGCCGGGACGGUGCGGCGCGUGAUCCUGACCUCGUCGGUGGCCGGAGUCUACAUCAGGCCGGACCUGCAAGGCGACGGACACGUGCUGGACGAGGCGUCCUGGUCCGACGUCGAGUACCUCAGAGCCAACAAGCCGCCAACCUGGGCACACUGCGUGUCCAAGGUGCUCCUGGAGAAGGAAGCGUGCAGGUUCGCGGAGGAGCACGGCAUCAGCCUGGUCACCGUCCUUCCCGUCAUCGUCGUGGGCGCGGCGCCGGCACCCAAGGCCCGCUCGAGCAUCGUCGACUGCCUCUCCUUGCUGUCCGGCGACGAGGCAGGGCUCGCCAUGCUCAAAGGCAUCCAGAAGAACUCCGGCCAGGUGCAGCUGGUCCACGUCGACGACCUCUGCCGCGCCGAGCUGUUCCUCGCAGAGGAGGCGGCGGCCGAUGGGAGGUACAUUUGCAGCAGCCUCGGCACGACCCUCGUCGAGCUCGCGCGUUUCCUGGCACAAAAAUACCCGCAGUACGGCGUGAAAACAAAUUUCACCAACGACGACCAGCUCCUGGAGAAGCCGAGAGUGAGCCUGUCGUCUGCGAAGCUGGUUAAGGAAGGGCUCGAGUUCAAGUACAAGACCCUGGACGAGAUAUAUGAAAAUAGGGGAUCCACCCCUGCCCCUAUGCCCCAGGUCGAGUCGGCCACUGCCUCGGAGGGGCCGGCGCCGCCGCAGGACGCAUGGGUCAUUGAGUUCCGCCGUCUCCUCCCGCGGUGGGAGUCACUGCGCGAUUCCUCAAAGGUCAUUAUCCCGAUUUCAAUAUCUAGGGUCAACCAGUUUGAUGCUGCAAGGCUAGAUGUUGAGAUGUCUGCCAUGUUGAAAGAGCAGCUGCUCAAGGUGUUCUCCUUGGUGAAGCCAGGACUCUUGUUCCAAUACGAGCCUGAACUUGAUGCUUUCCUUGAGUUCCUCAUCUGGAGGUUCUCAAUUUGGGUUGACAAGCCAACCCCAGGCAAUGCAUUGAUGAACCUGAGGUAUGUAUUGCCAAUUAGAUUCUGCGGUGGUAGGUAUGGUUACAAAGAAGCUGCAGCACUAUCUUUUAUUGCACAAGCAUCUGAUGCUCACAUGAUAAGUGGAUUUGAUCCACCACCAGCUCGAGUUUUUGCUUGGCGUGUCCUGGAGCUGAAAGAGCAAGGAGUCCGUGAAGAUGAUGCGAUGGCUGUAGCAGAUUAUCGGACACAGAAGAAAGCAAAGAAGAGAGCAUACAAGGAACUGAAAGAAAUUGCCCGAAGUGAAGGAAAGAAGCCACCUCCAAAUCCAUACCCAAGUGCCAUAAAAGAAAUACAAGCAGAGGAAAAGAAAUAUGUUAUGGAUCAUUUAUUUAACCCGAAGGUAAUUGAGAUUGCGAACAAGAUGAAAGAGGAGAGAGACAAGUUGCGUCAAGAUAGAGCAGCAGGUCAAUGGUAG